CCGGCCGGAGCGCCGGGAGAGCCCCGGGAAGGGAGCGGGGCGAUGGCUCCGACCCGGGAGGGGCCGCCGGGCCGGGACCGGGACCGGGAGGGGCCGCCGGCCAAGCGCUUCAAGGCGGCGCAGCCCCAGGGCCACGCGCCGCCCGCCCACGUGCAGCGCCGCUCGCUGCCCAUCGCCGCCGCCCGGGGCCCGCUGCUGGCCCGGCUCCGCCGCCUCGACAGCGCCGUCCUCAUCGGAGAAACGGGCUCAGGGAAGACCACUCAGCUCCCUCAGUACCUGUACGAGGUGGGGAUUGGCCACCCCGGCCUCAUUGCUGUGACCCAGCCCCGCAGAGUGGCAGCUGUCACCCUGGCUGCCAGAGUGGCAGAGGAGAAGAGGACAGAGCUGGGGAAGCUGGUCGGCUACACCGUGCGCUUCGACGACUGCACGUCUGCCGAGACCAGGAUCCGCUUCCUGACGGAUGGGAUGCUGCUCCGGGAGGCCAUCGGGGACCCUCUGCUGCAGAAGUACAGCGUGGUCAUCCUGGAUGAGGCCCACGAAAGGACAAUCCACACGGAUGUGCUCUUUGGAGUGGUGAAAGCUGCCCAAAGGAAACGGAAGGAACGGGGCCUGAAGCCACUCAAAGUGAUCAUCAUGUCAGCUACGAUGGAUGUUGACCUGUUCUCCCAGUACUUCAAUGGAGCUCCUGUCAUCUAUUUGGAAGGCAGACAGCAUCCCAUUGAGAUCUUUUACACCAAGGAGCCUCAGAGUGACUACAUCCAGGCAGCACUGGUGUCCAUCUUCCAGAUCCACCAGGAAGCACCUGCAUGUCAGGACAUCCUGGUUUUCCUGACUGGUCAGGAAGAAAUCGAAGCAAUGACCAAAACCUGCCGAGACAUUUCCAAGCAUCUCCCCGAGGGCUGCCCACAAAUGAUGGUGUUGCCUCUUUAUGCUUCUCUGCCCCACCCUCAGCAACUCCGUGCCUUUAAACCCACCCCUGAGGGCUGUCGCAAAGUGAUCCUCUCCACCAACAUUGCAGAAACCUCCAUCACCAUUUCGGGGAUAAAAUUCGUGCUGGACACAGGAAUGGUCAAAGCCAAGAAGUACAGUCCUGACACUGGUCUGGAGGUGCUGGCAGUGCAGCAGGUGUCGAAGGCCCAGGCCUGGCAGCGCACGGGGAGAGCAGGGCGGCAGCAAAGCGGCAUCUGCUACAGGCUCUACACAGAGGAGGACUUCGAGAAGUUUGAUGAAAUGACAACCCCUGAGAUACAGAGGUGUAACUUGGCCAGUGUGGUGCUUCAUCUCCUGGCCCUGAAAAUUCCCAACGUUCUCACCUUUGAUUUCAUGUCCAAACCAUCUCCUGAGGCCAUUCAAGCAGCGAUUGAUCAGCUGGACCUGCUGGGAGCUGUGACACAAAAGGAAGGGCAGCUUGUCCUGACCCCCCUGGGAAAGAAAAUGGCAGCUUUUCCUCUGGAUCCAAAGUUCUCUAAGGCCAUCCUCCUGUCCCCCAAGUUCCACUGUGCCGAGGAGAUCCUGAGCAUCGUGUCGCUGCUGUCGGUGGACAGUGUCCUCCACAACCCCCCUGCCCAGAGGGAUGAAGUGCAAGCUGCCAGGAAGAAAUUCAUCUCCAGUGAGGGGGAUCAUCUGACCCUGCUCAACGUGUACAGGGCCUUCAAGAGUGUCAAUGGGAACAAGGGAUGGUGCAAAGAGAACUUCAUCAACGGCAGGAACAUGAGGCUGAUGGCAGAAGUCAGAGCUCAGCUCAGGGACAUUUGUGUAAAGCUGUCGGUUCCUCUGGAGUCGUCCCGCUCGGACACGGGGAAUGUCCGGCGCUGCCUGGCCCACAGCCUGUUCAUGAACGCGGCGGAGCUGCAGCCGGACGGCACCUACCGCACGCUGGACUCGCACCAGGCCGUGGCCAUCCACCCCUCCUCGGUGCUGUUCCACUGCCGGCCCUCCUGCGUGGUGUUCAACGGGCUGCUCCGCACCAACCGCUGCUACAUGCGGGACCUGUGCCUGGUGGACGCCGACUGGCUCUACGAGGCUGCUCCCGACUACUUCCGCAGGAAACUCCGGACAGCCAAGGACUGACCCCUGGCUCUGCAGCCAGCAGGCUCAGGGCUUUCAGUUUUGCCUUAAAAGACUUAUUUUUGUACUUUUUAGUGAAUUUACGGAUGGGCACGUUUUGUUCAGGUGGGGUAAUUUAAGUGUAUCUAUUCAGGAUGGAUUUAUAUUUUUUAUUUUCCUGCAGGAUAAAGAAGUUAUUGCAAGAAUCCGAA